AUGAUUUAUACCUUUAUGUACGUGAUUGUGUCUUUGACGAACCUUGUAUCUGUCGCAGGAGCUGUUGGUCUCACUUGCCUAGUUUUAGCCCUCCUUAACUGGAAACUUCAACAAGGCAAAGCAAAUGAACACACAUCAGAAAACUGCUGUUGCAGAACUCUAGAUGAAUCCCAGUGUGGUCAUGAGCCAAGAAAUUACCUCACUGAGGGAGCCUGUAACUGCCACUUAACUCAGGAAAAUGAAAUAAAGGCCACGUCCAUUGUGGGGUCUGGCAGGGAAAUGCCACUUUUACAGGAAAACAGGCAUCGAGCAACAGUAAAGGCAGACGCUCUGUCCAUAGGGCUAGACGCACCACUCAGAAGCAUUCAGAGAGCGAAUGAAUAUAAAAAGAGUGGCUCAUUUUUAUGCCUUAAAUGCAGAAUGGUAGAAUCAUGUCCUCAAGAGCCUUGUGAGACUAUGUCGAUAACAAAUGAAGCAGGGUCCCUAACAAAAGAUUUCCACAGGAGCAUUACAAAACCAAGCGCCUUUGAUCAGUGGGAAGAUCUACAGACUACAGUGCUGCAGGAACUUUCAAAGACUGAUAAAGCAGAUAUAAGGCAGGACACAUUUACUAGAAGAUGUGCAACUCCUACGCCUGCCUUAGCAAAAGAGAGACUUGAAAAGCAUUUAACAAAUGAAUCGUGGCAGUCUCCACCAGAAGCAGAAGACAAGUGUUUAAAACCUCAUAGGCAAAGAUAUUUUAUUACCAGCUCAUCAGCAGCACCUAACACAUCAGUGGAGUCAAAGGAACAUUGUAUGCAAAAGAUUUUACAAAGUCAUAGAUCACAACAUGAUGAUCAAUGUGGAUUGCUGGAAAGGAGCAAAAAUAUUUCUUUGCAGCUACACAACUCCCUUAUCUGUAAAUAUGUGAACUGUGAUAAAUUCCAGGGCUAUACAAAAGAAAAGAAAGAAAAUCACAGGGAAAAUUUAAAGUUGGAGAAAGAACAAACCAAAACUAAUAGAAGAGUAGGAGAAGAUUGCUUUAUGAGUGAUGAAGAGAUGCCUUUAUCGCCAGAAGUCAAGAAAAGAUAUAUACCAAAGAGUGUUAGCUUUUAUGUACCUGACUUGGCAACGGUAAACAGGUUGGAUGUGACGAUGAUGGACUCAAGUGAGGUAGGAUCUCAUAAGAAGAAUGUUCAAAAAAACCAAGAUAUCACCUUGGAAAGCAGAGAGCACAGCAAUUCAGAAACAAGAAGUGAAGGAGGUAAACUGUCUUCUGCUAAGGGAGAUAUUGGAAGGAAAACCUGGUUGAGGAAAGAUGAAGCCAACUGGAAGAGUAAAAUGAAAACUAAAGGACAAGACUUUUUAACUGUAAAAUUAAAUGUACAUCCCUUCAGAAAAGUGAGAAUCCACCCAGAGAAAUCACAUUGCAGUGAAAAAACACAACAAAAAUCCAACCAUCAACACAAAGAACCACCAAUUGAAUCCAAGAAGAAACUGUUACAGGCUUCCAACAAAGAGUUGACAAGAAAAGAAAGAAAAUCAAACCAAGGGUCUUCUGCAGUUCCUCAAAAUCAUCCAGGUACCAGAGAACAGAAGGAGAUUUAUUCCAGAAAAGUUGUUUCUCAAUUCUCUGACAAGCAGACCUUGGCUAAGAGCAAAAAUGCCAAAAGUGAAGCUAUUAUAACAAGUACUGAUGCAACAGAAUUGUCUGAAGAAAAGUGCAAUAAUCCAAUAGUGAGUGUUCCUCAGCUGUUCAAGAACAUUUCUCAUGUAAGAAAUUCUAAAGAUCUCACAUCUGUGCUUGCAGAAGCUGUUAUGUACAACAGUAACUUACCUCCACCCUCAAAGGAAACUGCGAGAAGUAUUACUCCAACUGUAUGUCUUGCAACUCAAAAUUUGGCAAGUAUUUCACAAAAUGGGGCAAAAGAUAUUUCCAUAUCCCUGUAUCCUAGAGAAGUAAAAGACGACGACACAGGGGCUACAGAGUCAUAUGGGUACCAAAAUUCACAGAUGACUACAAGAAAGGAAAAGGAUUGGGAUUCUUCUUCAGCUCUUAUUAUCCAAACACAAAUCACAGGCAACUUGCAGACAAAAAAUCCCAGCAGUGAAUGUGAUUUGGAACUAAAGUCAGUUAUGGAGGAUACAGUGAAAAAUGGCAAUCAAGGCCAGAUGGACAACCGAGUAUUAAAAAGCCAGAGUGAAAACUUAAACAGGAUAGAAAGAUUGGAGAGCCGUGAAAAGGCUAAAGAACAUGAAUCAUUAGAAGGAAAUCUACUUGCUGUGGACUCUUAUACUUUCACUGUUAUACCACAGAUUCCCCCAGAUAUCAACCCAACUUCAACAGAAACAUAUUUUGUUCCCAAACAAAGUAGCACAGAGCCUCCAAAUCACAUCAGUAGUUUGCUUCUGUAUACUGAAGCCAGUGAGCAUUUAACUCGUAGUAGCAAAGAUGGAACUGACAGUACUGAUAACCCGCAUGGAACAGUUAGCACUGAAGACAAUGGGGUAAAAAUAGAAGAGAGAGAAAAUAAACAGCCACCUAAUAACAGUGAGUCAUUGGCUGAAGUGCUAAUCCCAGACACACAAAUGAACUCGGAUGGUCUAGCCGAAGACAUACCACAAACUCAGAAUGAUGUGGAGAGUGAAAAAUGUAAAUUAUUUUGUACAAGCACUGUCAAAGUAUCUAUUAUGUCUAAUACAUCCAGUAUCCCCAGUUCUCCUAAAACUAGAAAUAUACUACCAUGUAGUGACAUCAAUUUUCAAACAAACAAUAAUAGGCACGUGAAGAAUGUGCAGAAUUUGCAACACAUUCAAAACAAUCAACCUGAUGAAGAUAACAAUAUACAUGAAGAAGGUGAAAUGCCACUGGGAGAGCACAAAGAGCCUUAACCAGAGUUAAAAGACAUUAGUUUUGAGGCAGAAAAGGAGGUGCCUUUAAUUCCUAGCAGAAUAAAUGAUGCUGAAAACUCUGCUCCAAAAGCUACACUGUACCCACCAUCUGCUGGAUAUGCUAAUACAUCACCUUUAGAGUCAGAACAAAGUGAGGAAAAUAACUCAAACAACAAUCACAUUCCUCUUUUGCUUUCUUCAAAACUACAGACAAACAACCCCAGCCUUUCUGAAAAUUCAAAAUUCAUUAUUGUGGCAGAAAAUUUGAACAAGUCAAUGAACAUAACACAAUAUUUGAUUGAAUGUGAUGAAAAAAUGCAAGACCAACCAACUAGAGACAUUUUACUUGAUUAA